GCUGUGACGGUUGACUCCUUCCUUUCCCUUGCUUCACUCGCUCUAUUCGAGGCACUCGUUCACGUCACACUAGAGGACGAGAUUAAGCACACUGCAGCGGAAACACGUGUAGGAGUGAUGUAAUGUCGCCCGUCUGCUGACCACGGAUGGCUGUUUGUGCCAGGCUCUGCGGAGUGGGUCAGUCGCGGAGGUGCCGGAGGCGACCGCGGCAGAAUCAGCAGGUGCAGGCGAGCGAUUCGGACAUGGACGAGGAGGACGAAGAGCGGAUCGUGGGCCAGAGGCGAGGCGACGCCUGCUGCGGGGGCCCGGAAAGCGGCGUCAACACCGCAGGGCCGAGCCGGGUGCACCGCGGUGUUGUGGGCGGCACGGGACACCCGCACCCGCAGGCUUUGUCGGAACUACCGCCGGAGCUUUUAGUGGAGAUCUUCUCUUUGCUUCCCGGAACCGCGCUCCCCAACGUCGCCCUCGCCUGCAAGACAUUUAGACAAAUCAUCAACACAGAAACCAUCUGGAGAAGGCGGUGCAUGGAAGAGUUCCACAUGAAGGAGGAUCUGAGAAAGAUGGAAGUGGGCGGAGUUUCGAGCCGAGACCUGUAUGUGAAACGUCUUGACCCACGAGUGAAGUCUGGGCGCUUUAUGACUCCGGACUACGAGUGUAUGGACUAUAAAGACGUGUACACGCACCUGCUUCAUCCGUACAGACACAUUUUGGGAUUAUGGCAGCCUGACAUCGGCCCUUAUGGGGGAUUAUUAAACGUAGUGGUUGAUGGGCUGUUCAUCAUCGGCUGGAUGUAUUUGCCACCACAUGACCCUCGUGUAGAGGAUCCCAUGAGAAGACGGCCUCUCUUUCGUAUCCACAUGUGGGAGACCAAAAAGGCUACUGUGGAGUGCAUGUAUGGACACAAGGGUCCCCACAGAGGAGACAUCCAGACCGUCAGGAAGGAUGAAUUCUCAACCAAAUGCAACCAGACGGAUCAUCACCGCAUGCCAGGGGGCAGACAGGAAGAGUUCAGGACAUGGCUGGAGGAAGAAUGGGGCCGAACGCUAGAAGAAAUCUUCCAUGAGCAUAUGCAGGAGCUCAUCCUGAUGAAGUUCAUUUACACCAGCCAAUAUGACAACUGCCUGACAUACCGGCGGAUCUACUUGCCUCCCGCAAUGCCUUCUGACUUGAUUCAGCCAGGCCUCUUUAAAGGCACCUAUGGCAGUCACGGUUUGGAGAUUGUCAUGCUCAGUUUUCACAGGACCUCGGCAAGGGCCACCAAACUCACUGGAGACCCCAAUGUUCCUGCAGGGCAACUGACAUUGGAUAUUGACUUGAGUCAGCCGCUCGUCCUUCCAGACUUGGAACAUCAGCGCAAUAUAGAGGAGCUGUCACGCCUCGUAUUGGGUGUACAUGAACAAGUACAGAGACAGGUGAGGGAAGGUACCCCUGCCACAGUGAGAGCCCCUGCAGAAGGUGCUCCCGGCGAUGCAAAUGUGGCGGAGGCCGACCAUGGCGUUGGUUCCAAUGGCUGCCAGCCAGGUCCAAGUGCAGACACUUGUCCUUCUGAGAGCCACCCCUUUGUCCUGCCCUUGGGAGUCAUGGCUCGCAAUGAAGUGUACCCACGCACUUGCAGAAAAUGCUUCUAUGGUACAGGUCUGAUCGCUGGGCAUGGCUUCACAAGUCCAGAGCGCACCCCAGGGCUAUUUGUGCUGUUCGAUCAGGAUCGUUUUGGCUUCAUCUGGCUGGAGUUGAAGUCGUUCAGUCUCUACAUUCGUUUGACGGACCACCUGGCGCAUGCACAUGCUCCGAACUUGGAGCGAUUUGAAGCCAUGCUGCGCAAUAUGCAGUCUUGGACAUCAUGAGGCCCCAAGCUUUAAUUCCCUUCCUGGCAAUAUGAUGUAUCAUAGGAAUAACCAUACAAAUAAAUAAUAAUAUAAGAGUACAUUAUACCUCGCCCACAUCCCCACAGCAGUACACAUUUUAGAUUGUGACAUGACCUUUUCCCGCCUCUCUGUUUCUCAAACAUUUUGUUUUACUGUCUAAAAGGGCAGAUUUAUUACUGACCCGUCUUGAUUCAUAGUGAAGUUGUUCCGGUGCAGCAAAGAAAAAAGAGAGAAAAAAACGGGUCACAGCUGUGUUUUUAUUUAUUUAUUUCCUCCAGGUGAAACCGAGGUAGGAUAUUGGAUACCGUUUAUGGUGGAUCGAACUUUAUGUGCCUCUGAUUCUGAAACCAUGUCUGUACUUCGUCGUCCUUGAGAAGGUAAUGGUGUUAUCCGAACAUAAUGGGCAGUGAAUGGUGCCAUUCAACGGCAUGUUGCAUUUGAUGUGCAUUUAGCUUUGGAGCAAAUUAUUUUUAGGAAGAAGUGCUGUAUGCCUUUCACUUUGAUUUAUAAAUUACAUGAUUUUGAAUAGACACCUUCUCAGGUAUUUUUUGUCAUCAAAUUGUCAAUUACAGGACACUCCUUGUGUCUUUGUCAUCAAAGUUAGUUACAGUGAGCCAGUUUUAAAGCUAGCCCAAUGAAUAAAGUGGUCCUCACAACCGCGGGGCAUCUUUGCAACAUUUGGCAAAGGAAUUGCUCUCUUAUCGAACUGCAGCGCAGAUGUAUUAUUUAUAUUUUUUUUUUGCUUUGAGCUCGAGUGAUAAUAUUUUCUGUGAUAUGCUUUGGCUCUUACACAUUAUUUCACUACACCUUACUUGAUAAUGUCAGAUGAAAAGUAUAAGAAAAAGUAUAAUAUAAGCUAUACAUACCACUGGGGUCAUACAAUGUAUUACUGGUACGUUUUUUUUUUUUUUUUUUUUAAAUUCGACACAACAUUACAACAUCUGGUAUGUGUACCAUUGCUGUUGAAAUGUUUUACCCAUCCACAAGGUUUGCACUUUUUCUGUUGUAUUUCAUGACACUGUUUCACCGGAUAUUCCAGACCUCCAAUAUCCUCUCAUUCUAUAUCACCGAUGUGUAUAUUAUAUGUAUGUAUGUACCCUGUAUGUCUUAUUAUGGCUUGAUGGAUUUACCCAGAAGCUUUUCUACGAUAAGUGCACUUUUCUGGGCCGUAUAGUAAAUCAUAUCUAAAGGAAGGACACAAUGGGCAGCGUGUUUAUAGUUGACUGCAGCUAUACUAACAUUUGCACACAAAAAAAAAACAAACCAACAAAAAAGAGCUUUUGUCUUGUUCAUCUGAACCAUAAUAAACGGUUCAAUAAAUUUUCCUAUCUGCAA